AUGUUUAUUUCUCAAAGAAUUUCAGAGCUCACCAAACAUUCAAGACAUAGUGUAAACAAUAAUCAUCAGCCUCAAAAGACGUGUGUUUGAAAAUCUCAUUACAUUUCUAUUGAGAACAACAGAAUCACAUCUUUAGUUGGUUUAAAGAAAACUUACUCCCUAAUAGAGCUAUAUAAUAACUUUGUUUAUACCAACCAAGAUAUAUAUAAUUUAAAGGGUUUAACUAAUCUGAUGAUUUUGGACAUGAGUAGCAAUUGAAUAGUCUGGAAACAAGAUCACUACCAACAAUUUGUAUUAUUCCAUCCUCAAAGCUUAGAUGGCAUCGCAGUACAGCCAAAAGAAUAAAAAAGUGCAAAAGAUUUGUUUGGAGGCAAACUCACCUCUGACAUGAUUGCAGGUAAAAGGGGACACUCAGACUUCACGGAAAUGCAAUAAUUAAAUUGGACAACCUCUAAUGUCAGGUCUGUAGAGCUGGUGCUAGCAGACCAGUUUAGAAAUAUCUGCACUGUGAAUUUACAGAACAAUAAUCUCAUGUUCUUCACUGGUUUAAUCUUCCUUCCUUAUGCCAAAGUAUUGUGUCUGAACUACAGUCACACUGAAUAAAUACUGCCUGGACAAAAGCUCCCAAAUCAGGAAUCAUCUGAACUAGAAAACCUUCAAUUUAUUCCCAGCGUUAAGGUGAUCUCAAAGCACGGAAAUCCAGCUUUCCCAGUUGCAAACUCUCCGAAGGACUGUGGAUUUCCUACACUGCCAGCAAACUUUACAAGACAUAAUCCUCUCAGAAUCACAAAUGGGAAUCUGAAUGAAAACAUUAACCGUUUAUUUGGCUCUGAUCUUAUAUUUGGUCAUGAACUUGAAGAGCUUCUACUGAAUAAGUCAAAUGAAAAUAAGUCUAAGAACCCAGGAAUUACAACAACUAAUCUUUGAAGCAUCCAUGCAGAAAGAGCUCUUAGGCAAGCCAAAGGAGCGGCAACUAAUCUUCUAAACCAUUUGGUGCACCACAGUGCUACUUCUCCAACCAGCCAGCUGCAUCAGGGCAACACAGAAAAUGCAGGCAGGUGA